GUCUGUUUUUAGGAAUACCUCAGUCAAGUAAUCAUGCCAGAGCCUGCCAAAGCGGCGCCCAAGAAGGGCUCAAAGAAAGCCGUCACCAAGACCGCCAGCAAGACCGGCAAGAAGAGGCGAAAGUCCAGGAAGGAGAGCUACGCCAUCUACGUGUACAAGGUGAUGAAGCAGGUCCACCCAGACACCGGCAUCUCCUCCAAAGCCAUGGGCAUCAUGAACUCCUUUGUGGGCGACAUCUUUGAGCGCAUCGCCGGUGAGGCCUCCCGUCUGGCUCACUACAACAAGCGCUCCACCAUCACUUCCAGGGAGAUCCAGACCGCUGUCCGCCUGCUGCUGCCCGGUGAGCUGGCAAAGCACGCCGUGUCUGAGGGAACCAAGGCUGUGACCAAGUACACCAGCUCCAAGUAAAGCUGCUGCUAUACCAACAACACAAAGGCUCUUUUAAGAGCCACCCACUACAACUAAAGACAUGUUCCUGUUGUAUCUUUAAAAGUUAUUGUUGAUCAUGACUCAUAAAUGGAUGUGUGAGUUUUUACAAAAUGCAUUUCAUUCAAAAUCAACUCUCAAGACCUCUCCUGGCCAUACAAUACAUUUAUUACAAAGGAGUAAAAUUGCAUAAAAAUUGUCAUGAUGUGAACAUAUUACUGAAAUAUUGUAAAUAGUCUCCUUUAUAACUUCCAUCUGUGUUUUUAAAUGUUUGCAGAGGUUACCUUUGUUGCUGUGUGACACUUAAUUCUCACAAAUAAAGCAUCUUGCUG